ACUUUCCCCAUCAAACAUGGUAUUCGGCCCAUCAAGACCAACAGAUUCGGGGCCUCUCAGCUAGCCCACCAACAACCCUUCCUCUCUGUCUCCGGCAUCUCGCCGGCGACGGCCGUGAGCAGGACGGCUCCCUCCUCCUCCUCCUCUCAGGCUUCCCCGGUCUCUCUCUGGCGCCUGCAGACUGCGAGCUCGAUCCCGCCGGUUUUGUCAUCACGGGCCAAGUCCACGAGCGGGACGGCAUCAUCCUCCUCGCUUCUUCAUAGCUGUGUUGAAUUGAACCCUGGGGAUGAUGCUCGAAUACAUGGUGAUAGUGACCUGAGCGAGACCACAAAACUUGGCUCUACUGCAUUUAAGAAUUCAGUUCCCUUUUUUUUUGAAAAGAUAAUUCAGUCCCCUUUCAAACUCUCUUUAUCUUCCUUGCUUCUUGAUUCAACCCCUGGGCCGUCCCUCCAGGAUGGGUCUUCUCAGCAUCAUCAGAAAGAUCAAACGCAAGGAAAAGGAGAUGCGGAUUCUCAUGGUGGGCCUGGACAAUUCAGGUAAGACAACGAUUGUGCUGAAGAUCAAUGGGGAGGACACCAGUGUCAUCAGCCCCACCCUUGGCUUCAACAUCAAGACCAUCAAGUAUCAAAAGUACUCGCUGAACAUAUGGGAUGUUGGGGGACAAAAGACGAUCCGCUCAUACUGGAGGAAUUACUUUGAGCAGACUGAUGGGCUGGUUUGGGUAGUUGACAGCUCUGACGUCCGGAGGCUUGAUGACUGUCGUGCGGAGCUCCACAAUCUACUGAAAGAAGAGAGACUAGCCGGAGCUUCGUUGUUGGUGUUUGCAAACAAGCAGGACAUUCAGGGCGCUCUGAAACCUGCAGAAAUCGCCAAGGUCCUGGAUCUGGCAGCCAUGGAGAAGAGCCGGCACUGGCAGAUCGUCGGAUGCAGCGCCUACACCGGCCACGGGCUGCUUCAGGGUUUCGACUGGCUCGUUCAAGACGUCGCCUCGCGCAUCUACGUCCUCGACUGAAGAGGACUAUCGAUGAUGGAGUAUCGAGUUCAGGCUUGUUGUGCUAGACUCGAUGCAAAAGUGAUUCCCUCGGUAACAAUCUUCAGGGGAAUCUUGUUCUGUACUUGUUAUUGCUAGGAUUAAUCAUGAAAAACAGAAAAACACAAGUUGGAUUCUAUCUCUGUGAUGGCAACUGGAGAUCAAGUAUUCGAAGAUUAGCACCAUGUGUGAGGAUCUUUGUCAUGUUUAGCACUAA